GACAUCAUGUCUGGAAGAGGUAAAGGCGGUAAAGGACUCGGGAAAGGAGGCGCCAAGCGUCACCGCAAAGUGUUGCGUGAUAACAUCCAGGGAAUCACCAAACCCGCAAUCCGUCGUCUCGCUCGCCGUGGCGGUGUCAAGCGUAUCUCCGGUCUGAUCUACGAGGAGACUCGCGGUGUGUUGAAGGUGUUUCUGGAGAACGUUAUCCGUGAUGCCGUCACCUACACUGAACACGCCAAGAGAAAGACCGUCACUGCCAUGGACGUUGUGUACGCGCUGAAACGACAGGGACGAACUCUGUACGGAUUCGGAGGAUAAACGACUUUAUUCAGGAGAAAUCAGACCAACCCAACGGCUCUUUUAAGAGCCACCCACAAUCUCACACAAAGAGUUGAUGACUACUGAUGUUUAGUUAUAAUUACAUCGUGAAAUUUAUGAGCUAUAAU